AUGUCGUACGCAGCCCCCCCACAACGCAUCACCUUCGAUGGCUUCCUCUUUGACAUGGACGGCACCAUCAUCGACUCAACAGAGGCCGUCGAGAAGCACUGGCACACAGUCGGCAACGAAAUAGGGGUUGCGCCUGAGGUGAUCCUCGCAACAUCCCACGGCCGCCGGAGCAUCGACAUCUUGAAGAUUCUGGCCCCUGAGAAGGCGAACUGGGAGUAUACUCGCGAGAUGGAGGGCCGCCUGCCGAAACUCUACGGAAAGGACGCGAUCGAGAUCCCGGGAGCAAGGGCGCUGCUGGACGCUCUGAUCAAGGAGGACGCGCCCUGGGCCAUUGUCACCUCCGGAACCGAGCCUCUCGUCGGCGGAUGGCUCGGCGUCCUCAAGUUGCCCCAGCCCGAGCAUCUCGUCACGGCCGAGUCUGUGGAGAACGGCAAGCCGGACCCGACCUGCUACCUCAUCGGCCGUGAGAAGCUGGGCCUACAGGAUGCGUCGAAGCAGAUCCUCGUGCUCGAGGACAGCCCGGCUGGAAUCAAAGCAGGCAAGGCAGCCGGAUGCAAGGUGCUGGGCCUCGUCACAAGCCACACCGUUGAGCAGGUUGCGAGCGCCGAGCCAGACUGGAUCGUCAGAGACCUCGACUCCGUGAGGGUCGUCGAAAAAAGGGAUGGUGUCGUCACUUUGGAGGUUUCCAACGCCCUCGUACCGGGUCUCAAGGCGUGA